GUCACAACUGCACUGUCUCUUAACCGAAUUGGACGCGUCAAACCGUUUUCUCAUUACACCGAAAAGUGAAAACCCGGUGAUUUUUUUUCCCUGAAAUGGACACGGAAGAGUUUCGUAAGUACGGCAAAGAGAUGGUGGACUAUAUAUGCGAGUAUUUGGAGACGAUAAAGGACAGACGAGUGACGCCCACGGUCAGCCCGGGUUGGUUGAAAACAAAAAUUCCACUCGAAGCGCCCGUACAGCCAGAGUCGUUCAAAGACAUAAUGGACGACGUGGAAAGAGUCAUUAUGCCGGGGGUAACUCAUUGGCAACACCCGAGGUUUCACGCUUAUUUUCCAUCGGGCAAUUCCUUUCCGUCUAUCUUGGCCGAUAUGCUAACGAAUUCUAUCGCGUGCAUAGGAUUUUCGUGGGCCGCAAGUCCUUCGUGCACAGAACUAGAAACUAUAGUUUUGGAUUGGCUCGGCAAGGCUAUCGGUUUGCCAGAAGAGUUUUUGAUGUUCCCGGGCGAAACAACCAAAUCCGUGCUGGACAAUGCAAUGCGUAACAACUGCGAAAGCGAGCCUGAAAUGGUGCCCGACGGCAAAGGCGGAGGAGUGAUCCAAGGCUCGGCGAGUGAAUGCAUUUUCGUUUGCAUGUUGGCCGCCCGAGCGCAAGCCAUCAAGAGGUUGCGAAAAAUAUACCCAUUCGUCGAAGAAGGAGUUUUGCUAUCCAAACUGAUGGCUUACUGUUCAAAGGAGGCGCAUUCGUGUGUAGAAAAAGGCGCCAUGAUGGCAUUUGUUAAGCUCCGUAUUCUCGAAACCGAUGAAAACAAUAGUUUGAGGGGGGCUACAUUGAGUCAAGUGAUGGAACAAGACGGAGCCAUGGGUCUGAUACCGUUUUUUGUAUCUACCACACUGGGAACGACUUCUUGCUGUUCGUUUGACAAUAUCGCGGAAAUCAGUCAAGUGUGCCAGCAGUUCGACACCGUCUGGAUGCACGUGGAUGCGGCGUACGCGGGAAGCGCUUUUAUCUGUCCGGAAUUCCGCUACCUGAUGAACGGCAUACAGAACGCAGACUCUUUUAACCUCAACACCAACAAAUGGAUGUUGACCAACUUCGACUGUUCGUGUCUCUGGGUCAAAGACCGGUAUAAACUAACGUGUGCAUUGGUGGUGGAUCCGUUGUAUUUACAACACGGCUACGCCGGUACCAUCGACUACAGACAUUGGGGAGUGCCGUUGAGCAGACGGUUCAGAUCUCUAAAGCUCUGGUUUGUUUUGCGGACGUACGGUAUUACGGGCAUUCAACAGUACAUCCGCCGGCACUGUCAGCUGGCAAAGCGAUUCGAAGCACUAGUCAGAAGCGACAGCAAAUACGAAAUUUCCAACGACGUUAAGAUGGGCUUAGUUUGUUUUCGCCUGAAAAACGAUCCGUGCAACAAACUAAACAAAAAGCUCUUAGAAACCAUUAAUGAAUCGGGAACGCUUCACAUGGUGCCGGCUUUAGUGCGCGACAAGUACGUCAUCAGGUUUUGUGUAGUGUCGGAGUAUGCUACGGAAGACGAUAUCGAUACUGCUUGGAAAAUUAUAAGGGAAACCGUCGACACAACUCUGUACAAUGAACUUCCUGACAAUGAGAAACGUGAAGAACAAGUAGAUGAAGUAUUUGAGUUGACCGAUCGUAAGAAAAAAGAUGAUUUGGCUUAUAGAAGAUCGUUCUUUGUUCGCAUGGUUAGCGAUCCAAAGAUAUACAACCCAAAAAUUGCUAGAUCAUCUCCAGGAUCACGACGACCAACACAUUUAAGUUCUAUGGACGACGAAACAUUGUCGAUAACCCCUUGUGAUGGAGACGAUACAAUAACGCAACCGCCCGGUUCAUGGAUAAGUUGGCCGUUAGCGUUUCUUUUUCAAAAUGUAUUUGACGAUAAAGAAGGAAACGACGUGCCCAUUAGGUUUAGACAUAUGGCAACGAAAAUGCAUUUCAAAUCUAAAAGUAAAUCGUCAUCGCCCGAACAUUUGAGUGCAGAAAGCAAUAACAGUUCCCGUCGCACUUCUCCGAUGCUUCCAAAAAAAUUGAGUUUUGGUAACACAGACGACAGGGAUUCAAACAAACAACAAGAAUAACGAUACCAUACGUGAUGCAGUUUUCUUAGCUCUUUUGUUAAUUCCCAUAAAUUAUUAAUUAUUUUUUCUUUUUCUUAAUACAAAUUUAUCAUAACGCAUAAAAAUGUAGGUAUUUAAUAAUUUGAUUAAAUAUUAUGUACUGCGUAUAAGAGAAGACGACGACACGGACAUUCUAGGCGUUUAUGAGAUAUCGGUCAAUCUAGUCAAAAAAAGUUCUCCCUUAAAUCCGUUUUGAAUUUUUAUUAUUAAAUCUUUCUCCGUAGGAUAGCUUAGUACUCUCUUAAAAAAUUAUUUUUAGAAUUGAGUCAGCCAUUUUAAAUAUUACAUGAAAUAUUGUACAGUUUAAAAAUAUUUAUUAACAUUUUCAAUUAAAUAACUAAAAAGUUUUCCUUUUACGUUAUAGAUUGUCGAAAAAAUUUAGGAAAUAGUUAUUAGUAUUAUUAUUAUAGAUAUUUAAGUAUUAUAGUAUGGCUAAAAGCAAUUUGUUUUGAUUAAUAAUGUGUAUAGCUGACGACUGUAAUUUAAAUCCCAGUGUGCACAAAGCUCCGGUGCCAAGUUAUAAUACGAAAUACUACUUUUCAUAAGUAAAUAGAAAUAAAUAAUAUGUCCUAAAAAAUGUAUGGAAAAUUAUCGCUUUUAAACACUAUUUCCAGAUGUUAUCCAUGAAUGAAUUUAAAUAUUAGAUAGACCCGUUUGUGCAGACCGGGAAUCUAGUAUUAAUAAUUAAUAUAGGUAUUAUACAUACUGUAUCUUUAAAAUAUUUAAAAAAAAAAUGAAUUUCCUUCAAUGGUUACAAUAGUCUAAUUAUUAUAUAUUUUGUGGCUAUUUUUAUUAGUUUUUACUAUUA